ACGGUGUGGGGUGGGUUUUUUGUUUAAGCUUGUAUGGUGAACAUUAAAGUAGGCUGUAGAAAAAGCGAGUUAGUCAAUUGUAUGUGAGGCAAAAUUUGCAAACAGAGAUGGCUGAUGAGUCGUUGGCGUCGUCGCGUUCCCGACGGUCGCGUUCGGACCGUUCAGGUCGACUGGCAGCGCUCGAGAAGUUCAAAGCAGUGAAGAGUGGCCAUAAAAAAGGCUACGAUGUUGUCGUCGAUAAUGAGGAUGACGUGUAUGAAGAAGUCACUGAAGAGGAAUACAAUCGACGCGUUAACGACCGUCGAAGCGAUUUCGUGGUAGGAAACGAUGAUGAUUACAAGGAUAACGGCUACGAAAUUUUUGACGAAGAGUUCGAAGAAAACGAGCGGGAAAAGUCCAAGAAGAAAAAAGUUUCUUAUAAACCACCCAAGAGCGCUCAAGAAAAGCGGCAAGAAGCCAAUAAAUCUGGCAAUAUUCGCUCCAUGUUUCUCUCAGCGCCCCAUAAACGCAAAGCAGAAACGGCAUCCCUAGAGGACGACGAUGUAUUAGCAUCUAUCAUGAAAGCCAAAGGUUUCGAUGUAGAUGACGAUGACGCACCGAUAAAGUUAAGGCCAGCUGGCGGGAGCAUAAAACGGCAGAAGAGUGAGAGUUCUCUGCCUGCAAAUCCAUUUGCGAAGAAAGAUCCAGUCAACAAAGCGAGUACUGCGUUUGAAAAGCCAACAACUGCAAAAGCCCAAGAUGUGAAGCCUAAAGUCUCGUCUGCAGAAUCCAAGGUAGUCUCUAGCAAGAAAAAUAUCCUUUCCGACACAGAAAAAUCUAUGCCCAUUGAAGAAGGCUCAACUCCAGAGACAAAUACUAACAUUGAAAAUGCUAACUUUAAAGAAGAAGAAUUGACGAUCAUAGACACCGAGGAAAUGUCUUCUAAGGUUAAGACAGAAUCUACUUCCUAUCCAGUCAAAAAACUUGAAGAAGCGGCAGUUAGUACGCCGGUUCAAAGAUCACAGAAAAUGUUCAAAGUAGAAGAUCUAUUAGAUGAAGCUGAUUUCGAUUCAGGAUCAGAAGAUAAACCAGCUACGCAAACUAACUUAGCCACCGACCUUCUCCUUGUAGAAAACAACUCAGGAAAUAAAGUGUUCCGAAUGUUUUGGUUGGACGCUUAUGAAGAUCCAAUUAAUCAGCCUGGCAGUAUUUUUAUUUUCGGAAAGACAGAGGUACCGCACGGUGUAGUAAGCGCCUCUGUUGUCGUUAGGAAUAUCCCUCGAAAGAUGUUCUUUCUGCCAAAAGAUGUCAAAAAUGAGGCUGGUUCAGUUACGCCGAUACUGUUUGGAGAUGUCUACAAAGAGGUGUAUGCAGUCCUAAAACAGCACGGUAUCACAGAUUUUCGAUGUAAAGAUAUCACGAAGAAGUAUGUCUUUUACACCAAGGAAGUCCCUCGUGAGACCAACUAUCUAGAGGUCCAGUACAAUCCUUCAAAGGCCUCUAACAUUCUUCCAGCGGACCUUACAGGGAGGACGUUUUCUCGAGUAUUCGGAACGAAUACAUCAAGUCUUGAAACGUUUAUCCUCGAUCGGAAACUCAAGGGCCCGUCGUGGAUAGAUAUCAAAGACCCAAAACUAGUGACAGUGCGACGAACAACCUGCCGGUUUGAGGUAGAUUGCACUGAUUUUUGUAACGUGAGCGUCAGCGAAUCCCAAGCGGAUCCCCCGAGCCUGACUAUUCUCACAUUGCAGGCGAGAGUUGUUCGUAACGAAAAGAACGGCAGGGACGAAGUCAUCAUGGUUUCUGGACUGGUCAGUGAGGCUUACCCACUAACAAAGCCACCACCAACGCGCCUUUUCACUGGACAUUUUUGUCUUGUCGCCGCAUGCGCUGACCGAGGUCUGCCGUAUGACUUCAAAAAGGAGCUCGCCAAUCCCACCACUAAUCGUUUACGGAUCAAUGCUUGUGAUAAUGAGCGUAUGCUCAUCUCACAACUAAACGCCAAAAUUGCCAAAGUAGAUCCAGACAUUAUCGUUGGUCACGACGUAACAACCUUCACUCUACCAGCGGUUCUUUCAGCCAUGGAACGGCACAAGAUUUACAAGCCGUCGGCGCUUUCGCGCCUACAUCGAUCCUCGAUGAUCAACGUGGCCCGAAUGGAUCACAGCCAUUUGUUGCCCGGUCGAGUUCUCUGUGACACAAAGCUUUCAGCUCGGGAACUUAUUCAAGCAAAGAGUUACGACCUUGUCGACCUAGUACAGAAUGUUUUGUCCAAAGAACACGAUGAAAUACCGGUCGAUGUCAUACGUGAGAUGUAUUCUCGAAGUGAUUCCCUUCUAAAUAUUUGCAAGCAUCUCAUUAUUGAGUCGCAAUUCGUGUUGAAGUUGAUGGCUGAACUUAACGUGCUGCCGCUAGCGGCCCAGAUUACAAACAUCUGCGGAAACACUCUGUCACAAACGCUUCAGAGAGGGCGCGCAUUGCGGAAUGAAUAUUUGCUUUUGCACGCGUUCACCGAGAAGAAUUUCAUUGUUCCGGACAAAAAGUCGAAACGAUCACGCCGUCUGCAGAAGGAAAAUGAAGACAGUAAAGAUGAGAAGAAAAAAGGCCCUACAUAUUCAGGAGGUUUAGUUCUUGAUCCCAUUGUUGGCUUCUACGAUUCGAUGAUUUUGCUUAUGGACUUCAAUUCACUCUAUCCGUCUAUUAUACAAGAGUAUAAUCUAUGCUUCACGACUUGUGUACUUACACCUCCUGAGGAAAAUCUGUUAGCGGCGGAAACUGACUGGGAGGCACAAAUUCCGCAGACGACAGUGGAUGUUGGAGUUUUGCCGUCCGAGAUUAAGCGGUUAGUUGACAGCCGUCGAGCGGUCAAGAAUUUAUUAAAAAAUUCGAAUCUUACCAAGGAAAAACUCUUGCAGUACGAUAUUCGGCAGAAAGCUUUGAAGCUGACCGCCAAUUCAAUGUAUGGAUGCCUUGGUUUUCAGGGGUCUCGUUUUUACGCCAAACCCAUUGCGGCUCUUAUUACACAACGUGGUCGAGAUAUAUUGAUGAGUGCUAAGUCAAUGGCCGAAUCAAUGGGGUACUCUAUCAUCUAUGGAGAUACUGAUUCCAUUAUGAUUAAGACAGGAACCAAUCAGAUUCAGCAGGUCCAAGAAAUUGGCAACCGUAUACGUCAGGCGAUCAACAAGCAGUAUCGUCAGCUGGAAAUCGAAAUAGACGGCGUGUUCCGGUCAAUGCUUCUGCUAAAAAAGAAGAAGUAUGCUGCUUGUACGCUUAGUUUGGGAUCUGAUGGCACCAUCACUGGACAGAAGAUAGAGGUUAAAGGCCUAGAUAUCGUUCGGAGAGACUGGGCUGAACUGGCUCGUCGUACGGGUCGAUUUGUGGUAGACACGUUGCUGGAUGGCAAGCUCGGUGCCGAUGAUGCCGUAGAUGCAGUGCAUGCCCAUUUGCAACAAGUAGCAACGAUGAUCAAUGAGAAUUCCUUGCCAUUUGAGCAGUACAUCAUCACCAAGCAACUAACGAAGAAUGUUGAAGACUAUUCUGAUGCUAAGAACCAACCACACGUGAUUGUUGCUCAGAGAUUUAACGUACGGGGCGCGCGAAAGCUGAGGGCAGGUGAUACCGUUCAGUACGUGAUUUGUGAGGACGGCACCGAUGCCCCGCAUAUACAGCGAGCAUAUCACAAGGAUGAACUCGAUAUGAAGGAAUAUGCUGGAAAGCUGGCCAUCGACAAAACGUACUACCUCACCCAACAGGUGUUCCCUGUCGUGUCGCGUCUCGUGGAUCCUAUUCAAGGAACGGACUCGACCAUCGUCGCCCAGUGUCUCGGCUUGGACCCAAGCAAAUAUAAUCGCAGGGCAGCAUUUGAUCCGUCGGAAGUGAUCGACUCCGAGUUGAAUGUAGGUAUUUCAUUGCUUUUGCCGCAGUCGCUCGACUCUGACCUCUUCCAGAAUGUGGAACCCUUCACGGUGGAGUGCACCCAGUGUAACACGCCCAUUUCAGUUGACGGACCCGUUUUUCAGGUGGUUGAUAGUAAACUGCGAUUCCUUUUUGCCGAAUGUGGUCGCUGCCAGGCCCAGCUUAGUACUCAAGUGGAGCAACUUUGCAACCAGGUAACUCGGAGGCUUCAAAAACUCCAGGCCGAGGCGGAGGAUAUCACCUACGUAUGCCAGAUAUGUGACUUCCGCCAGAGAGACGUUUUGUGUAACGUGCAUGAAGAAGAAAUUCCGACGUGUUCGUCGUGCGGAGAGGACGCACUUCAGCUGCGUACACAACAGUUUCAGAACUACGCUCAACUUCGGUAUUGGAAUUUCAUGUUUGAUCUCGAUUACUACGCCACAAAACUCCCAAACUCGGAAUCGCGGCAGCUGCUUGAAUCAGACUCGGUCCGUAUUCUAUGCAACGCUUUCACCGUUCUUGUUGAAAAUUUUCUGAGGGAUAAUGGGUUCACCAUAUUCUCGCUUCGAUCAUACUUAGAAAAGUUGCCUUCUUGUGAAUUUACUCGAAGGCCCAUGAUUAGGCCCGAUCUCGAUAUCCCUUAAAUAAAAACGUUUGCUAGCCGUAAGAAAUAUAGAUAUCGAGAGAAAGUGUCAGUAGAGACACUGUCUGUGUUAUUCCAAUUGCAUGGGUAGGGUCGCACACAAAAACAGCUGACACACCGAACAGGUGCAAUUCUUAACUUUGUACAGGUAACGCAGCAUGAAUUCGACUUACACAAAUUAUCUUAUUAGAUCACGGGAUAUAGUUUCCGUCACAAUUUCAUUCAGCUUAAUCCCUGGAAAAUAUAAAAAACAAGAAGCAUUGCUACAAAUAUCAUAAACGAAUAUCCGCGAUCGAUCUAGUUCUCUUUCGUUCUAAUGAAACACUUAACCUAUCGGCUAUGUACAUAUAGUAUUUAGGAGCUCUGAAUAUAUAUGAGAAGUGAAAUUUUAAUUUGAAAAUAAGCUUGACAGUUUCUAGUAACAAUAAAAUU